CCCCCCAAAAAAACGACUGCUGUUUUUAUUUUUUUUGUUUAUUUUUUUUAUCCUCUCACUAUGAACAGCGUUUGGACGUCUAUGAAGUCAGAGCAAGAAGUUGGUUGUAUUCGAGUUGCGAGUCCCCCACCUUAUGCCUCCCCUGGGGUCCCCCACCUUGAGUCCCCUGGUGUAGCUUCCAGUCACCCAGUUACCCUAAGUAAGAUUUGAAAAAGGAUAAUGACAGAAACAAAGAAGAAUACUGAGCAGAGAAAGAAUUGCUCAAUAUUACACGCGUCAAGCAAUCUCUAGUCACGCUGGGAACUUUAAAUGUAAUGGGACACAAACAUGUUACAAAAUGAGAGUGCUGUUCUAGUUGUUUAGUUUCCAAGUAAAUUCAUAGCCUCAAGUAGAUCCUCACUCUCGUGAAGAAAAGAGUUAAAAACACAAUGUACCAAGUAGUACCUGGAGGAGCUGGGGGCACUAUCACGGAAGGGGUGCCCCUUAAAAAAAAAAAUAAGGAGAUUCGUCCACUAGUGUGUGCUGGAGUUCUGGGGCUGGUCCUGGUUCUCGCUGCUGUAACAGCGUGGUGUUACUAUAUCGCCUCCCUCCGCAAAGCUGAUCACCUAAAGACAGAGUUAUUGGACCUUAAUAAGGAUGGCUUCCUCAUCCGCAACCAAGCUGGGGGGGUUGUGUUCAAAAUGGCUUUCAGAUCCGGAACCCUAGAUUUGGACUCCUGUUCUAAGGAGGACGUGAUUCUGCGUUGCUCACGCUCCUAUGCUGGCAAAGUGAAUUUCUUUAUAAUGACUGUGCCAAAGCCUAAAGAGACUGUAAUGUGCUAUCGUGUCAGGUGGGAGGAGCUGGAGUCCGACCGACCUGUAAUGCACGCCAUGUCUUACAAUGGCUCUCAUUGGUACGGUGGUUCUGAAUCUGCUAUCCAGCACUGGCCCAUUGCCAUCUCGGGUCAGCAGGCACCCAAGCCCUUUGUCACCAGUGACGUUUAUUCAAACCGCAAUGACUUCGGUGGCAUUUUAGAACGGUACUGGCUCUCAUCUAAUGCCACUGCUAUCAAGAUCAACGAUUCAGUGCCCUUUCACUUGGGCUGGAAUGACACCGAGAAGUCACUGUACUUUGAGGCACGAUAUCAGGAUAGCCCAUAUAAACCUCUUCCUGGGAUGCCACCAUAUGCUGAGCUGAGCUACCGCGUGUGUGUGGGCCCAGAUGUGACCUCCAUCCAUAAGGUCAUGGUCCGCAGGUACUUCCCUAAACCCAACAAGGUACCCUUAGAAGCAAUGUUUCGAUAUCCUAUAUGGUCCACCUGGGCUUUAUACAAAACUGACAUUAACCAGGGGAAACUUUUGACCUACGCUGAAAACAUACGUAAACAUGGCUUUAAUUGUAGUCAUAUAGAAUUGGACGACCGGUACACCAGCCGGUAUGGUGAAUUUGAAUUUGAUCCUGAAAAGUUCCCCAACGCGUCUGGCAUGUUCCAAAAGUUAAAAUCUGACGGCUUUCUGGUGUCAUUAUGGACACAUCCCUUUGUGAACUAUGAAUCAUACAACUUUGGCCUGUGUGUCCAGAAAGGUCUUUUCGUGAUGGAGACCACCGGGCAACUUCCAGCUUUGGUGCGAUGGUGGAACGGCAUCGGCGGCAUUUUGGAUUUUACCAACCCAGACGCUCGCAACUGGUUCACCUCCCAUCUGCGAACAUUGCGUUCUAAAUACGGUGUGUCUUCCUUCAAGUUGGAUGCUGGUGAAACAAACUUCCUGCCUUGGCGCUUCCGGACACAUGUCCAUCUUCCCGAUCCUAGCACGUUCACGCGCCGCUACACAGAAAUGGCCCUGCCAUUCAAUGAACGGGCAGAACUGCGUGCGGGCUACGGCUCACAGAAUAUCUCCUGCUUCUUCCGCCUCAUCGAUCGUGAUUCGGUUUGGGGCUAUGAGCUUGGUCUCAAGUCCAUCAUCCCCACUGUCCUCACCAUCAGCAUCCUCGGCUACCAGUUUAUCCUGCCUGACAUGAUUGGGGGUAAUGCAUAUGCCAACCGAACGUACGGGAAUGGUAAACUCCCUGACCGCGAACUAUACAUACGUUGGCUAGAGCUUUCUGCCUUUAUGCCUGCCAUGCAGUUCUCCAUCCCACCCUGGGAGUAUGAUGAGGAGGUGGUAGCCAUUGCCCGGCGCUUUACAGGACUUCAUGAGACAUUGGUGGCCCCUAGAGUUCUGGAGCUGGCAGGGGAGGUGUUAAAUACCGGUGACCCCAUCAUCCGUCCUUUGUGGUGGAUAGCCACCGGUGAUGAGACUGCCUACAGGGUAGACUCGCAGUUUCUUAUAGGAGAUGACCUGAUGGUGGCACCAGUGCUGGAGCCUGGCAAGCAGGAACGGGAUAUCUACCUCCCAGCUGGCCAUUGGAGAAGCUACAAGGGCGAGCGCUAUGAUAAUAAAGAACCUAUGCAUCUCACAGAUUACGCUGUGGAUCUUGAUGAGAUUGCAUAUUUUCUUUGGGUACAGUGAUGCUGUUGAUACUGUUUUUUUUUUUUUUCAGGGGAUGAGCAUUAUAUGCUUUGUUUAAUUGCUUAUUCAGGGCUGUUAAUAUGUUUAAAACAACUAAAGCUUCAUGCAUUAUGACAUCGCUCUUAUAUAGCAUUCGCACAUUUGCAUAUUCAGUAGAGCUAAUGGCAUGCUUUUGUGAGGUGGUAGAAAACCUGAGGGAAACUGUUAGAAGAACAUCGAAACUCUGAAAAGUCAGAAACCUGAUCUCAAGAUCAGACUGCUGCACCAUCACUUCACCCCAUACCCAAUCACGUGCCUUACAUUAUUUUGAAUGUACAUAUAAGAUGGCAGGUUCACAAGAUUCAAGACUAAACCAAAUGCUAGUUUAAAAAGUGCUACCAACUGUUGCGUACGCUCAGAUUUUUGUUUUUUUUAUUUGACAAUCGGGUACUAAUAGCUCAAAUUUACAUUUACAUUUGCAGCAUUUGGCAGACGCCCUUAUCCAGAGUGACGUAAGAAAGUGCUUUUAAGUCUCUAUAAUUGAAUACAUUAACUCUUGUUUACUAGUUUACAGACUUAAGACACCAUGAGCCCAAAACACUGUUCAAGGUUUUUUUAUGUUUUUUUUUUUUUUUUAAAUACACACAUGCAACAAACGGGAGAAAGUGCUAGUUCAAGUAUUUCAUGAAGAAGUAGGUCUUCAACCUUCGUCGGAAUACAGGUUUGUAAAUUAAAGGGAACGAACUGAUUGAUUUACUGUGAAAAUAUAUGUGUCCUUAUCUUAAGGCACUGUGGUUACAAGAAGCAUACAAGCAUGUUCUCUGGGCAGAUCGAGCCGUAUUUAAUGUAUUUCUGUAUGCGUUUUCAAUUUGCAUGUAUGCAAGAUUGUACCAAUCUAUAUAGUAUUCAUGGUGUCUUCCAAGCACACACUUCUUGCACCUUGUCGAACAUGGGAGAACAAUCUGUAUUUUUUUUUUAUACUAGAACGGUACACUAGUUCUAGCUCAGUUUUUAGAAUGCAGCCCAAGCAGUACUAGUGCAGUUUUUUUAGAUGUAGGUUCAAUAGCGCAACAUAGCUUUAAGCAAUAAUUAGCUUUGUUAAUAAUAUUUAGUAGUGUUAAUCAUUCAGGGAUUAGUCAUGGAACAUUUUAUUUGGCUCUGUUUAUAUUUCUCUAGUUUAUGUAUCGGUCAUGAAACGUUAGCUAGUUUGUUUUAACUAGAGCGUUGGAUGCUCCUAGCACUGACUUUCUCACUCAAGUUUUAUUUCCUGUUUCAGAUGUUUUAUCAGGUUACUUGUUUUGUAGGGAUUUUUACAUUGCAGAGCAUUCUGCUUUGACUGCCAUUGUUAAUUGUACAUGUCAUCUGUUCGCCUUUAUAACAAGAGUGUAAACUAAGCGUAGUAUAACAUAAUUAGAAAAUAAGCACAGAGUCGAACCAGGACGCAGACCUAGAAUAAGCUGCCAUGUCAUUGCAAAAUAAUUAACACCAUCCUGCCUUAUUUAUACUUCAUUCUUAUUUUAUAUUCAUGUUGUACAUGAGGUUUGCAUGCAGUGUUAAAUGCUUGUAUGUUUUUUUUUUUUGUAUGGUUCAUGUCGAUCAUCAUCAGAUGAUCUUUACCAUUUUCCACUGAGCCCAUCUUUAGAAAUACACUUGAAUAAAUAUUUUGGAGGA